UUCUAAAUAAUAAUGAAGGUAUUACUAAACGGUGAAAAGUGGGUGAAAACUAAACAUCAACAAAACCAUCCAAAAAUGGAUUGUCAGUCAUAACAUUUCGAGAUGAACAUCACAUUUUUCCCUUAUCAUCCUUAUCAAUUUCAUAUUUCACACUCCAUAGCUAUUCUAAAAAAAAUACACAAACAAACAUGAACCCACUACUUAUAAACUAUCAUCGGAGCUUACUUCAAGCAGAAGAUGCUACCGUUAAAUCCAUCGGAUCUCCGGUACCGUCUUUCACCUCCACUUCUCCUUUCGACUCAUCUUUAGCACUCACUAUACUAGUCCUUCUUACCGUCCUCUUUUUCAUGGCCUUUUUCUCUUUAUAUAUUCGUCGUUUUUCAAAUAUCUCCAACUCUGAUGAUUCUGCCCCCGGGAGCCAUCCUUUUAUUGGUGCGAAUCAUGUUGACACCAGUAAACGUGGCGCGGGACUUGAUGCUGCCACCGUUCGGUCACUUCCUGUUGUACAGUACGGUGGCAGCAUAGAGUCAAAAUUUAUGAGUGAUUGCUCGAUAUGUUUGAGUGAAUUUGAAGAGAAAGAUAUGGUGAAGGUGAUACCAUAUUGUGGUCAUGGGUUUCAUCCAAGUUGCAUUGACAUGUGGCUUUCUUCGCAUGUUUCCUGUCCAUUAUGUCGCUCAAAUCAACUGUUUCCGGACAUUGAUCGAGUUUGAGUAAUUAAGGACGUGUUUAGUUGGAGAAAAUGUUUUUAAGUUUUUCAUUUUUAGUUUUCUUGGAAAAUGAAAAGGUUUUUCAAGUCCA